GUUCUUCAAUAUUUUUAAAAUAAAUAAGCUAUGUUUGAGAACUCUGGAACGUAUGUGCUCGUUAAACGAUUUCGACGCGAAAAUGCUGAAAACGCUUUAGCUCUGAUAAGUGGGUCAAAACAAAAAGUCAGCAGCGUUAAGAAACAACCUCCGCAGCGUCCCAAGAAACCUGAAAAGGAAAACGAGGAAAGCAGGAAGAAAACGAAAGAAGCAGUCAAGAAACAAGAUGUGCAAUCGCAUAAUAAAACAGUCAGUGAUACACCGUUUAUAAGGGGAGUGAUCUAUUGGAUAGAAACAAUAUUGUACUAUGCAAUAUUUUAUGCGGGAUUAUCCAUCUUUUUUUACAUUUGCUUUACGAUAUAUAAACUAACGUUGCCAGAGGAUGCUCCGCGAGCAUCGAAAUUGCAGCCUUCCUUAGUUUACUACCCCAACUAUGAAUCCUAUUAUCUUAACCGUAUAUCUUGGAAUGCUUACGAGAAGAAGGACGUCGAACUUAUUGUUACCAAUAUAAAUACCUUUCUAGAAAAAUUUGGUACGCGUCGCGAGUUCGGUAAUUGCAGUGUGAAUGAUUCUUAUGGUUACAAGACUCGUAAUCCGUGUGUAUUCCUGAAAGUUAACCGAAUCGCGGGCUUUCAAGUGGAUCCCAUUGAAAAUGCUCAGGAACUGCAAAGCAGAGAACGUGUUUUAAAAAGAGUCAUUGACAGUCUUUCUCCAGACAAACGUAAGGGACGUCUAUGGAUAUCAUGCAAAUCGAAUUCUUGGGUUAAUAUCGAAUAUUUUCCUCAAUCACGUUCAAUACCCAUGGAGCAAAUAAACACCCAGCAACAACACGCGUAUAAGACAUAUAAUGGCUCCUCUUACUCUCAGGGUAAUUACGACCAUAUUGUAACGAUACAAAUUAUAAAUAUACCACAAGACCAGCUUUUCAAUGUUAAUUGCAAGAUGUUUGCGAAAAAUAUUGAGAAUGAUGACAACAAUAAUCCGUGGAUAGGUGGUGUCAGUUUCGACAUGAUUUUAUUGACAGAUUAGCAUAUAAUAAAAACAUUGGGAA